AUGCACAAUCAGGAUGAUCUCAUUGUGGGCGACUUCGAGGACACCUACUUCGAUAUGACCCUAAAGAUGCAUCACAGCUUUGUGUGGGCGGCUACGUUUUGUCGUGGACGGCCGGGCUUCCUCUUCAUUGACGACGACUUUGCCUUCAGUGAGAACAACCUCCUGGCUGCGAUGGACAAA